AUGGCAACCCCGUCCGCUGCCGAGGGCGUGCCAGCGGCCGUGGAGGCGCGCCACCGCUUCUUCGCCUGCGAGCUGGUGCAAGAGGCUGGCAUCCUUCUCUCGCUGCCGCAGGUCGUGCUCGCGACAGGCCAAAGUCUUCUGCACCGCUUCUACGCCGGCCAGAGCCUCACGGACUUUGACGCCUUCCGUGUCGCAAUGGGCUGCAUCUUCCUCGCCGCCAAGGCCGAAGAGCAGCCGCGCCGGGUCAAAGACGUCAUCCAGGUCUUCUUUCGCAUGCGCAACCGCCGCAUGGGCCUUCAGCCUAUCUUGCUCAUGCCGUCGGAUCCGCGCUUCUCGCAGUGGAGCGACUACAUCAUCAUGGUCGAGCGCCAGCUGCUCAUCGAAGUCGGCUUCUCGAUUGACGCAAUGACUGAGCACCCGCACAAGUUUCUCUUGUACUACGUCAAGAUCCUCGAUGGCUCCAACGCGCUCGCGCAAAAGGCGUGGAACUACGUCAACGACAGCUUCCGCCUCGACCUCUGCCUCCGGUUCGACGCGCAUGUGAUUGCAUGCGCGGCCAUCUCGCUCGCGGCGCGUGUCCUUGGCGUACCGCUUCCGCUCAAGUGGGAUGUCCUCCUCGAAGUCGACACGGCCGACGUCGACGUUGUCGCCCGCGAAAUGCUCGCCGUGUACUCGUACCAACGCGUCCGCUGGAUCGAACCUCUGACCGUCGUCAACCCUUAUGAGGCGAUCCGCGGCGAAGUGGCGGCCGCAGACGAGAGCGAGCUGGACGCGAUGGCCACACCGCCUCCUGGCGCCGGGUCAGACGCAGACACCAAGACCAACACCGACCAUUGA